CAUGUUAGACUUUCGAUGCGACCUGAUAAUUAUCCCAUGCAGCGACAUUAAUUGUUCCCCUUUUGACUACAGUUUGUUUCAGCUCACUCGUCUGAACUAUGUCUGCAGGCCUUCGUGUCCUUGUCGGAUGUAAACGUGUUAUUGACUAUGCGGUGAAAAUUCGCGUGCGGCCAGAUGCUACUGGUGUUGUCACAGAGGGUGUGAAACACUCAAUGAACCCGUUCGACGAGAUCGCCGUUGAGGAAGCCAUACGAAUGCGAGAAAAACAACUUGCGGCCGAUAUUUUAGCUUUCAACUGUGGAUCUCCAAAAGGUCAGGAUGUGUUACGUGUUGCGCUAGCAAUGGGAGCAGAUCGAGCAAUACAAGUUGAAGUUGAUGAUCCAAUUAGCCAAAAGUUGGAGCCUCUGCACGUUGCCGAGUUACUGGAGAAGAUUGUCAAGGAAGAGAAGAUCGACUUAGUGCUUUUGGGCAAGCAGGCAAUCGACAACGACGCAGUUCAAACUGGGCAGAUUUUGGCCGCUCGACUCGGAUGGCCCCAGGCUACUUACGCGUCUAAAAUUACCAAGGACGGCAACUCUCUGAUUGUCGUACGGGAGAUCGAUGGUGGCUCCUCAACAGUGAAAGUCAAGUUGCCCGCAGUUGUGACGGUCGAUUUGCGGUUAAAUCAACCCCGUUACGCCACUCUACCUAAUAUCAUGAAAGCAAAGAAGAAACCGUUGAACGUGAAGAAACUGUCUGACUUCGGUGUUGAGUUGACCCCACACAUUGAAAUUCUCAAGGUGGAAGACCCCCCGGUGCGUGUUCCAGGAAUCAAGGUAGACUCUGUAGAAACGCUAGUGGCCAAAUUGAAAGAGAAGGGUGUUUUGCCUUCGAAGAAAUGACUGCACUACUUUGUUCUAUCUUAUCUUUCUAUACUUUUGAUUGGUUGAUUUACUGUCCCGAAUGUUCUAUUUCAUUAGAUGACAUGUCACACUGAAG